CCCACAUUUCCCCAGAGAUCAUGGAUAGGGACACAUGAGCUGAGCUGGAACGGCAAGCUUUGAUAUGCAAACCUGCAUUGGACUUGCAAGGAAGAAAAGCCUCAUGCUUUCCUGAUGCGUUUUACAAUAGGGACCAGAUCUUGGAUCUGUGGAUUAUAAAGAUGCUGAACAGCAUUUUGCUGCUGAGUGUUAUGUCAGUGACUGCAAUUUUAAAGACAGAGAGCCGUAAAACUGCCAAAGAUAUAUGCAAAAUCCGCUGCCUGUGUGAGGAAAAGGAGAAUGUGCUAAAUAUCAAUUGUGAAAAUAAAGGGUUCACCAGCGUCAGUUUGCUACUGCCUCCCCAGUCCAGAAUUUAUCAGCUUUUCCUUAAUGGCAACUUACUGAGCAGGCUAUUUCCAAAUGAGUUUGUCAAUUACUCGAAUGCAGUGACUUUACAUUUGGGAAACAAUGAGCUUCAAGAAAUCAGAAUUGGUGCUUUCAAUGGGCUUAAGACACUGAAGAGAUUACAUCUGAAUAAUAACAAAUUAGAAAUGUUAAGAGAGGAAACUUUCCAAGGCCUGGAGAGUCUUGAAUAUUUGCAAGCAGAUUACAAUUUCAUCAGUGUUAUUGAAGCUGGUGCUUUCAGCAAACUGAAUAAAUUAAAAGUUUUGAUUCUUAAUGACAAUCUCCUGUUAUCUCUCCCAAACAACGUAUUCCGCUUUGUACUGUUAACUCAUUUGGAUUUGAGAGGCAAUAGACUUAAGAUGUUGCCCUUUGCUGGUGUCCUUGAGCACAUUGGUGGGAUCAUGGAGAUUCAACUAGAGGAGAACCCUUGGAACUGUACCUGUGAUUUGAUCCCACUGAAAGCAUGGUUAGAUACCAUCACUGUAUUUGUGGGUGAGAUUGUUUGUGAGACUCCUUUUAGACUACAUGGAAAGGAUGUUACCCAGCUCACUAGGCAAGAUCUGUGUCCCAGGAAAAGUUCAAGUGAUACAAAUCAGAGAUCCGUACAUCCAGCAUUUCCAGAUACUCGCAUACAACGGAUGCCUCCAACCUUUAACCCUGCAGUGAGCCCAACCAGAGCUCCAAAGUCAAGUCGGCCUCCAAAAACCCGAAACCGACCCACGCCUAGAGUAACAGUGUCAAAAGAUAGGCAGAUUUUUGGGCCUAUCAUGGUAUACCAGACAAAAUCUCCAGUUCCUCUAAGCUGUCCAGAAAGUUGUGUUUGCACAUCUCAGACCUCUGACAGUGGCUUAACUGUCAAUUGUCAAGAGAGAAAAAUUAGCAACAUUUCUGAUCUCCAUCCUAAGCCCAGCAAUCCAAGAAAGAUGUAUCUGACAGGUAACUAUCUGCAAAUUGUUUAUAAGACUGAUCUUCUAGAAUUUUAUUCACUGGACUUGUUACAUUUAGGAAAUAACCGAAUAGCAGUCAUACAAGAAGGUGCCUUUUCAAACCUUACAAGCUUACGUAGACUUUAUCUUAAUGGCAACUACCUUGAACUACUAUAUCCAUCCAUGUUUGAAGGCUUGUACAGUUUGCAAUAUCUUUAUUUAGAGUACAAUGUCAUAAAAGACAUUUUUCCACGUACAUUUGAUGCUCUAAGCAACCUACAGCUCUUAUUUCUGAACAAUAAUUUAUUGAGAUCAUUGCCUGAUAAUGUGUUUGGUGGCACUGCCCUUACAAGACUAAAUUUAAGGAAUAACCAUUUCUCAUAUCUUCCUGUGAAGGGAGUUCUAGAUCAGCUCACUGCCUUUAUACAAAUAGAUCUCCAGGAAAACCCUUGGGAUUGCACGUGUGAUAUUUUAGGUCUAAAAAACUGGAUUGAGCAAUCAAGCUCGACUGUGGUUGUUCAGGAAGUAACAUGUGAGUCACCACUUAAACAUGCCGGAGAGCAUUUAAGGAUUGUGUCUAAAGAAGCUAUCUGUCCAGAGAACCCACAUAUGGCUGAUGCAACUGUGUUAUCUUACAAUCACAAGACCUACACACCACAUCCUUCGGGUAUAUCACCAAGUCCUUAUCCAGAACUCCACACUGAGGUUCCUCUGUCGGUGCUCAUUUUGGGAUUACUAGUGGUUUUCAUUCUUUCAGUGUGCUUUGGGGCAGGCUUGUUUGUGUUUGUGUUGAAAAGACGAAAAGGGGUACAGAGUGUUCCAAGCAGCAGUGCAAACAAUCUAGAUAUCAGUUCUUUCCAACUGCAAUAUGGGUCAUACAACGCCAAUUCCAAUGAUAAAACUGAGGCCCAUGUGUAUAGUUACAUCCCGCCACCUGUUGGCCAAAUGUGCCAAAACCCAAUCUACAUGCAAAAAGAUGGAGACCCUGUUGCCUACUACAGAAACCUACAAGAAUUUAGCUACAGCAAACUGGACCACAAAAAGGAGGACCCAUCUGCAUACACAAUAAGCACAACUGAACUGCUGGAAAAGUCCUCUGCUACGGCGGAGCCAGAACUUUUGUACCAGAAUAUUGCAGAGAGGGUAAAAGAAUUGCCCGUUGGAGGGGUUGUUCAUUAUAACUUUUGCACCCUGCCUAAACGGCAGCUCAUGCCUGCGUAUGAAUCGAGGCGCCAGAACCAGGACAGGAUAAAUAAAACUGUUUUGUAUGGCACCCCCAGAAAAUACUUUGCAGAACAAUCUAAACAGGAACAUCUUCUCCUUCAAGGAAAAAUGCAAUCAGAGCCAGAUUACCUUGAGGUUUUGGAAAAGCAAACUGCAAUAAGUCAGCUGUAGGCAGCAUUUCUAAAAUAACAUUGCUUCAUGCUUGUUGUUGAUAUGGAAUGUCAGAAGCAAUUGUGCAUAC